UCGACUCUCAUGCAAAGCAUACGGGACUGCGUGAACAUUGUGCCUCAUUCUUUUUUUCUGUCCAAGAUGAUAAAAGCUAUUCUGGUACUCUUCGUGGCGUUCGCCCUGACUACUGCAGCCGUCUGUUCGCCGUAUGGUGGAAGCUACGGUAGGGGCUAUGGCGGUGGAUAUGGUAGCGGACAUUACGGUAGCUAUGGCGGCAGCGGCUACGGCAGCGGCUACGGCGGCGGCUACGGCAGUGGCUACGGCAGUGGCUACGGUAGUGGCUAUGGUGGAAGCCACGGUGGUGGCUACGAGCCCGACAGCGGCUACGGAAAUCAUUGCGAGCACAAUUCUAUGUAUAGUAUGGGGCACAGUUCGUACGAAACACCGAGCUACGGGAGCUACGGCAGCUCCUCGCGUGGAAGUCACUAUGCUACAUCGUAUGGCGGCGGCUACAACGGAUACUAGGAGUAUAAUGGGGAACCAUCUGCUAAUGCUGACACUUCAUGGACAUAAACACCGCUCAAUCGGUUCUUUUUAUGCGCGUUUGAAAUAAACCACCGUGCAGGUGAGAUGCCUGGUGUUUUUAUGUGAACAAGGUUUUUAAGAACACGAUAGUACAUAAUGAAGGCGUUG